AUUGUAAAAUUUUCCCAAACACAGCACAUCCCUACCCGAAACCGAAAGCCCGCCCCACCCCGCGCCAUCGCGAUGGCGUUGCACCACCUCCGCCACGCGCCGCUCGCGCUCCGCUUCGCGCCUCUCGCCACGCGCCGCCUCUUCGCGCCGCCGUGGCGCCUCCUCUCGCCUGCCGCGAGGCCCCGCGCGCUCGCCACAGCCGCGGCCGAGGCCAACGACGCCGGGGCGAGCUCUGGCGCGGGCGGCGACGGCUUCUUCGCGGAGCAGAGCACGUCGUGGAGAUCCCUCAGCAUAUCCGAUCGCCUCGCGUCCUCCCUGCGCAGCGCUGGGCUCGCCAGGCCUUCCCUUGUGCAGGCAGCCUGCAUACCACAUGUUCUCACGACGAAUGAUGUAAUUGUUGCAGCAGAGACUGGAAGUGGCAAAACUCAUGGUUACCUUGUUCCGUUGAUUGAAAAGUUGUGCUCCAAAUCUUCUUCUACAGAAGAUGGUAAUUACCAGGACACUGCCCCAGGGACACAUAAUACUGUGUUAGUCCUUUGUCCCAAUGUCAUGCUAUGUGAGCAAGUUGUUCGCAUGGCUAAUUCAUUGAUUGAUGAAAGUGGUGAAUCUAUUAAGAGUGCUGCAGCUGUUUGUGGGCCAAAGGGUUGGCCAACAGUUCAGCCAGAUAUUCUUGUAGCCACUCCAGCUGCUCUCUUAAAUUAUCUAUUUGACUAUGACCCAGAAAAGAGGCGAAGAGAGAGAUUCCUGCGUAGUGUAAAAUUUAUAGUAUUUGAUGAGGCGGACAUGCUACUUUGUGGAAGUUUUGAAAAUCAGGUCAUUCGCCUCAUCCAUAUGCUGAGAUUUGAUGAAAAGCUACUGUCUAGGGCGAAAGAUUCUAGAAAGGAAGUAUCACUUGGGGGUGCCGACGAAUAUCAUGAGGAUUCAGAAUCUGAGAGUGAUGAAUUUAGUGGUGUUGAUGAGGAAAAUGAAGACAGUCAUGCUCAAGAUAGACUAGUCAAGGUGGAGAAUGCUCACGCUCGAGCAUGCAAGGACUGGAGGAGGGUUAGAAGAGUAUAUAGUCGCAGCAAGCAAUAUGUCUUUGUUGCUGCCACCCUUCCUCAGAGUGGCAAAAAGACUGCUGGUGGGGUGCUGAAACGUAUGUUUCCUGAUGCUGUAUGGGUUAGUGGCACUUAUCUCCACCGCCACAACCCUAGAUUAGAGCGAAGAUGGAUAGAGGUCGCUGCUGAUACACAAGUUGAUGCUCUUCUGGACGCAGUAAAAUAUGGCCUAAAAAGUGAAGUUCAUGAUCCAAAACGCACUAUGGUGUUCACGAACACUGUUGAUGCUGCAAAUUCAGUCUCUGACAUAUUGCGGCGAGUUGGAAUUCCAUGCAUCUUGUACCACCGUGAGAGUACCCUGGAGGAAAGGGCUAACAAUUUGCAAUCUUUUCGGGAAAAAGGUGGUGUCCUUGUAUGCACUGAUGCUGCUGCUCGUGGGCUUGAUGUGCCAAUGGUUGCUCAUGUUAUUCAAGCGGAGUUUGCUGCCUGUGCUGUUGACUUUUUGCACAGGGUGGGUCGCACGGCCAGAGCUGGCCAAUCUGGAAUAGUGACCAGCCUAUACACAGAGGCAAAUCGCGACCUCGUGAGAGCGGUCCGUCAAGCAGAGGAGCUAGCCCAGCCAGUGGAGAGAGCGUUCAGCAGAAAAAGAAGCUUCCGAAACAAGCUGAAGAAGCAAGGACUUCAGAAACGCACAGCAUCGAUAUCUUGAUACUGUAGCCUUCCAUGUUUGUACAAAAGAGAAACAUGUAGUUUUUUCAUUUUCGACUUCUAUUGUUGUCGACGAAUGUUUGUAUUCUGGAUUCUUCUUUUUUUCUUAUCCGUGUCAAAAGAGACCGAUCGGGUCAACUAGCAACCUAUUGGAAAUUAUCCGCCUUCCAACCUAUAGAAGAGAGUUAAGGUUCAAUGAUUUUGAUUCAA